UGGCGCUAAUGUACCGUUUUGACAUUUGCCACCGUCAUAAAAUACCAAGAAGAAGACGAUGAAGAGGAUGAUGACGACGACGACGACGACGCCGGAAAACGCCAUUUUGUUGUUGAACAGGACCAGCGGCGAAGGAUCGAGAAGCAUUAGUAAAGGUGAGCCAAGAUGGGGAAUUUUGCUAGCCUGUUUGGUAAAUUGUUUGGCAAGAAAGAAAUGAGGAUCCUGAUGGUAGGACUGGAUGCUGCUGGAAAGACCACCAUCCUGUACAAGCUCAAACUGGGAGAAAUUGUUACCACAAUCCCUACCAUCGGUUUUAAUGUUGAGACGGUAGAGUACAAGAACAUCAGUUUUACAGUGUGGGAUGUCGGUGGUCAGGACAAGAUCAGGCCACUGUGGAGGCAUUACUUCCAAAACACACAAGGCCUUAUCUUUGUAGUGGACAGUAAUGACAGAGAGCGAGUUGGUGAGGCGAAGGACGAGCUGAUGCGAAUGCUGGCUGAGGAUGAGCUGAGGGAUGCUGUGCUGCUUGUGUUUGCCAACAAACAGGACCUGCCCAAUGCCAUGAAUGCAGCUGAGAUCACAGACAAGCUGGGCUUGCAUUCCCUGCGCCAACGUAGCUGGUAUAUCCAGGCCACGUGCGCCACUAGUGGAGAUGGUCUCUAUGAGGGUCUCGACUGGCUUUCAAACCAGCUAAAGAACGCAAAAUGAUCCACCACUCCACUUCCUGUCUGUCAUCUCUGUCUGCAGUGUGAUGGGAGACUGCACUGGUCCUGGUCUCACUCUCUCCUCUCCUUUCCUCUCUUUCAUCUGAAGCGUUGGACCUUUGGCCAGUGCUCCCCUGCAUCUGUGUACUGUAUGUGUGUGUUUGGAUGAGUAUUUUUGGAUGAAUGAAUGUAUGCGAGUGGGAGCAGCCCUGCUGUGCCGUGAUCAGUUAACUCUCAAGCACCUCAUCCCUCCAGUGUCAGCACAUCCAAAGGCACUGGUCUCUACGAAGCAAAGAAUGACACAUAUUGAGUCCAGCGUGUCAUCUGUCAAGAAUGUUUGUUAAAAAAACAAAACAAACGAUAACAAUAAUUCAAUCUUUACAUCUGCUAGUGACAUUAAGGCCUUUUUGUUACCUGUUUAUUCACCCUGAAAAGCCACACCAUAUACAACAGUGUACCUGUGUCAUGUUUGAUACAAUAAAAUACCUGACAUCCCAGAUCAGUUCACAUUCUUUUGAAAACUGAGUUUUGGUGGAUUUGAGUUUUGACUGCUGCAGUGAACACUGAAUACUUAUUGAUUUUCUCUCAUAGUUUAAUUUAGUUUGAUUCCUCAAGUCAAGUAAUGGUCAGCUUGUAGUCGUAUUCAGCAUCUGUUCCUGUAGAUAAGUUUCCCCAUUUGUUGAAUAAUUUCUUCAGUUUUUAAAUUCAAUUCAUUUCCACCUCUAAAAGUUAUUUCUCUCAUGGCCAUGACCCAUGAUAUUUAUUUUCAUUGGUCCUUUUUUUUACACACACAGGGUUAAAAGAUCCAUCAUGACUGGGUCUAGAAAAGGCAAUAAAUGUUUCGGUGCAUGCUUAUAUAUAUGGGGGUGUGUUGAGUGUGGUUACCACGUCAUUGGUGGAUGUGUGGAUCUUCGGGGUGCUGUGAGUGUUUCAGCUACAUCCAGUCAUCUGGAACAGUGAGGCCUUUUUAGAGUUGCUCCCACUCUGGUGGCUUUUUAUUUACUGGUAGUCUUAUUUUGUCUUGUAUGUAGUUCUUUGGGUUAGGGUCUGUUUUCAAUUGUAUUAUUAUUAUUAUUAUUAUUACUUUUUUUAUGUUACUGUUGAUUCACGCAUGACCUGGUUUACUUUAGCAUGAUCUGAUGUGCCAGGUGUCCAGUCUUUUGAGUAAAAUGCUCUUGGGACCAAUUGGUUGGAUUCAGAAAGGGCUCAUUGUGUUUGGUUAGGUUUUGGAUUCACCUGCAGAGCGUGAGGUCGCCCCCUCGUGUUUUCCAGAGGACACACAUGCUCUUGAACAAAUUGUCAGCUCUGUGAUAGACGGUACAGUUGAAUUGGAAGUGUUUGCUCUGGCCUACUGUAUGACUCAGCACUGUAAAUGCUUCCUCAAUGCUUCAGGCUUUAUGGUGUUUUUCCUGCAUGUAGCCAGGGCGCUUCCCCUGGAGUUAUUUACAUUAUGUCCCUGUCAUGCCAUUUGCACAAACUUUGCACACCGGCCUAUGUUAACAUGACAGUUUAUCCAUCAGCACUUGCAACUAAUCCGUAGACAAUAACCCUUUCCAUUGCACUACGCCAGCAGACAGUUAAAAUGUGCAAGUAAGAAUAGCACCACCAGUUAACCCAGUAACAGAAUAGUUUCCCAAAGGCUCCUGCGAUUAAUAAGAAACCAAUCUUGAACUGCGCACACCCCUUACUGAGAGAAGAUGACUCUAAGGUCAUAAUAUCACACUGACCUCUAAAGGAAAAUUCAUUUUCCCUUUUUUGUUUUUCUACAACUGGACAUUUAGGUGUUAUCCUGAAAUGUUUGCGUAACUGAUCAACUAUUCUUUAGGGCUUUCUUUGUCUGUUCGUUAUGGUAUUUCCUAAAAAUAGUUCAUAGGAUAAGUGAUAUCAUCUGGUAUACAGCAAGAAAUACAAAUGUAUAUAAUAUUCUCUUGGAAAAUGUAUUUUAACUUAACAUCAUCCACCUACCCUUGUUCAGAUGUGAAGCUUUAAUUUUCAAGAUCGUUUCUGUACAAAUGACAAGGUAUGUGCAUAUGUAUUUCUUAAUUACCUUUACGCUUUUUUAAACUCAUCUUGUAACAUCUGAUAAAUGCACUAUAAUAAAGAGAUCUCUAUUGUUCA